AAAUGAUCAUUGGAGCAACGUCAGCCGAGCAUUUUAACAACGAACAGCAACCACUUUUGAUGAAUGACAUUUUGCUGCUGUGGGGAGGAUGCACGGCUCAUUUUGAGCAGUCGCUCGUCGAUUGCAUUCAGAUUCUUUCAUUUUUUGCGUCUUGCUUAUAAAAAGGUUUAGAGACCGUUAUUUAGAGACAGUUGCUGACUUUCAUGCGGAUUUAAGCUCCGACACAACUCAUUGGUGCUCCAGCCCCCCCUGGACAAGUGUUGUGUGGCGUUUCUUUUUUUUUGGUUGCUUUUUUUCCCCGUCUUGCACGGCUUAAUGAUGGAGAGGAUAAGAAAAGAGAUGAUAUUGAUGGAGAGAGGUCUGCACAGUCCCGUCGCAGGGAAGAGGCUCGCAGACACGCCUGGAAAUUCAGUGCUGGAGGCCCUGGAAAACUCUCAGCACAGCGGACGGCUAAGCCCGAGAAUAACUUCGGCUUCUCUCCAUGGAAAUCUUGGGGACAUCCCGACGAAAGGCAAAUUUGAAAUUGACAGUAUUUUCGGUACACACCACAACAGUGAAAAUACCUCUUCGGCGGAAAUUUCUUCGUCAGAAAGCAGGAAGAAAAUGAGCCUCUACUCCGAAGUUUCGCCAGAUUCCGAUAUUAACAGUGAUGUGGAGGUGGGAUGCCCUGCGCAUCGCUCCCCGAGCCAGCACAAGGAAAACAACAAAGGUUUUUCAGACAGCAAUUCUGGAUCUUCCAACAUAAGCUCGAACUCCCUCCAGAAUAUGAACGGUAAUUCAUCGGGAGGAUCAAACAAUUCAAAUAGCGACCAAGUGAGAAGAUAUCGGACUGCUUUCACCAGAGAACAAAUCGGGAGACUGGAAAAAGAGUUUUACAGGGAAAAUUACGUUUCGAGACCAAGAAGAUGUGAAUUAGCCGCAGCGUUGAAUCUGCCCGAGACUACGAUUAAGGUGUGGUUCCAGAACAGGCGGAUGAAGGACAAAAGGCAGCGUCUGGCGAUGUCCUGGCCCCAUCCAGCAGACCCCAGCUUCUACACUUACAUGAUGACGCACGCUGCAGCUACAGGAAGUCUACCUUACCCUUUCCACUCGCACAUGCCUCUCCAUUACUACCCGCACGUCGGAGUCACGGCAGCAGCGGCCGCUGCUGCCGCUUCCGGCGCCGCGUCGUCACCUUUCGCCACCUCCAUCCGCCCCCUCGAUACCUUCCGAGCACUCUCCCACCCCUACUCGCGGCCGGAGCUCCUGUGCAGCUUCAGGCACCCGGGACUCUACCAGUCACCCGCAGGCCUGAAUAGUUCAGCAGCGGCGUCAGCGGCGGCCGCGGCAGCGGCAGCGGCGGCGGCGGUCAGCGCCCCGUCAGCCACCGGGCCGUGUUCGUGUCUGAGCUGCCACAGCAGCCAGGCGGCGAGCGCGCUGGGCUCCAGGAGCGCCAGCGGGGACUUUACCUGCACAGCUUCGGGCCAAAGAUCCGAGAGUGGAUUUCUGCCGUAUUCUGCUGCUGUUCUCAGCAAGACAUCCGUCCCGUCACCAGACCAACGAGAAGAAACUUCACUUAACAGAUAACUCAUCAUGCAGCCUACACGACCUAUUUCCUAUUUUUCUCUAGUCCUACUUUAGGGGAUAGGCCUAGGCCCACUCUAAAAACCACACCUGGGUAAAUCAUUCGUUUAUUCGGCAGCAUUGUAAACACACACACACACACACACACACUCUCUUAGGUUAAUUUUUACAAGUCCAAAAUACUCUUUAUAACAAAAAACACACGAAUAGCUAGCACCGAAAAUGUUGCACCUCACAAAAAACCUUUUUUAAAAGCCUGUGGCAGCUUGUGUUGUGCCUGUAGACCUAUUUCUACGCUGGAUUAAUUUGGAAAAAUAACAGGCCAUGCUGUGUAUCCAUUCAGUCCCUAUGCCUCAAUCCAUGUGCCAUUUUAAAUGUAUUUAUUUAUUUAUAGGCUACAAAUGCUACAAAUUACCAACAACUGUCAUUCAGUCACAGUCCAUAUUUCUUUUUUAAUAUUCACCGUGACGAACCCAGCCUGGUUACCUUGACUCCUCUGGUUUUUAAAAUUCAAACGUGAGUGAAUUAUGCUAUCUAAAUUUAGAUAGCAGAAGGUCCUGCUUUUCUGCCCAGCAGCAUAUCUUUCUUCACUAGGCCUAAUAGACUGAGAUUUUGGCAGGGAUAGCUCCAACACCCAGCCUCUGCUCUAUGGGGACCCUCCUAAUCAGCUAGAAGGGUGCAUAUAAUUUUGGACCGCGUCUUUCGUGUCAAUUCUUAUGUUAAUAAUGAGAGGAUCAUGACAAAAAUUGCCAAUCAUGUACCUAGAUGGAGCUCCUCUGAAUACAUGACUGUAAGAAAGUUGCUCGUUUUGAGACCUGCUGUCAAGUGCUAACAACCCGCGGAGGGAAGUCAUUAGACAUACAAAAGACCUGGAACAAAGCGACAGUCCUGGUACACAGAUGCACUGUAUAAAAAUAAUAUAUGACACAUGUAGGGUUUCAAAAUAUUAGCCUACACACAAAAGCAGCCUACAAAGUCCCAAAUUUAGUUUUCUGAUAAAUACCUCGACACACAGUAGCAUCUCUUUUAUUUACAUUGCUGAACCUCAUCAAAUCCAGUAUUUUCAUAGGUAUGUAAUCCUUUAGGACCUCUUCACUCAGCAGACACAUGACGGGACUGAGCAAGGCGAAAGUUCAGACUAAAUAGCCUGGCUUUAAUCUGUCUGCGCCUGUAAAAAUGGCUAUGUGCUAUUUUAUUCGUUCCUGUUGGGACAUCACCAAUAUGUUAAUUAUCAAACAUGUGAACUGUAAAUCGUGACAUAUUUUGCAAAUAUCAUGGAUAGUCCUACUGAUAGUUGAAAACUGAAUUAUUGAUCGCUCUGGAAAAUGCUUCAUGAAAUGUGGAUGGUAGGCUAUUUUUUAACACUUUUGUGAGACUUGCUGAAUGUUUUUUUUUUAUGUUUAAACACUGGAUGUACACACUAAUAGGAGCAUCAAAUAGCCUACGAAUUGGCCUGUAAACUCACCAAUAGUCCAAAAUAUUGAUAUUGGGUGUAAAAAUUAAGACUGAAUUAUGGAGAACAUUUCUUUAUAGUCCACUCAAAAGAGGCUUUAAAAAGGGCUGAUAAACGAGCACUGAAAUUAAAAUGAUGAAAAUAGUAUUGGCCUUUGUCCUUAUAGGGUCUCUGUUAUAACUCUAUAUCUCUGUAUUUAAAAUAUCAAUGACUGUAUGAAUUUAAAUAUUUUAACUUGAAAAAAAAA